ACCAAGCUCAAGCUAAACAAUCUAUCUACCAAGAAUUCUACCCGAAGUAUCUACAAGAUGCGUCUGAUCCUGCUGUCCAUCGUUGGCCUUUUGUGCCUGGUCUGUGCAUUCGCCUCGGAGGAUAAUGGCGCCAAUCUGGAGGAUCUGCUGGGCGUGGCUCAUCACGGAGGACUCCACACUGAAGGGGGAUCGAGGCAAACUCGCGGUUAUGGACAUGGCAAUUAUGGACGCGGCGGUGGUGGACAUGGUCACGGUGGACAUGGUUAUGGUGGAUAUGGUGGGCAUCACGGAGGCGGCGGACACUAUGGUCGUUAGACUCCAUAAAUAAUAAUAUACUUCCGUUGACAAUCCUACUUUCUGUAAAAUAAAAAGGUUUUCGAAAA